AUGCCAAUUGCUAAACUUAAGGCCUCAAACACUCUGGAUGCUAUGAAAUCAGAGGAGGGAAACGAUUCCCUUGACACUAUCAUCAGACAAGUUGCAAAAGAGCCUUCUAUUUCUUUCUCUAGGGCUGGGGAUAGUCCGGUCCCGUGGAUUCAACUACUUCAUGCCUUAGAUCAACAAGAACUUCCAGGUUGGCCCUUGCACUCUCCCAUUAAAGUGCAGUUGCAAAAAUGUGACAAAUGUCCCCGCGAGUUUUGUUCAUCCAUCAACUACAGAAGACACAUACGUGUGCACCAUCGCUUGAAAAAGCUUGAUAAGGAUUCUUCUAAAAAUAGGGAGCUUCUAGGGGCAUUUUGGGAUAAGCUAUCACCAGAAGAGGCAAAAGAAGCUGCAUCAUUCAAGAAUGUAACUUUGGAGGAAGUUCCAGGGUCUUCAAUCAUAAAGGCAUUGACGACACAUAUUCGGAAACCAGGAUUUUCUUCAAUGCCCCACAUUUAUUUGAAGGCUGGUUCUGCCCUUUUGGAUAUUGUCCAAGCUAGACCUUCCAGGUUCCCCAUUUCUUCCCAGGAGUUAUUUUCUAUCCUUGAUGAUGCAAGUGAAAAGACGUUCCUAUCUGGGACAGCCAUAUCAAUGCAAAGAUAUAUUUUUGAUGGGGAAGCUGGGAAGGUUGGCCUUGAAUCAAAGAACUUAGUUGCUUGUACCAGCUUCUUGGUGGAACAAAAAUUGGUGAAAGCCUGGCAUGCUGACAAGGAUGCCGAAGCUUUGAGGUUACAGAAGUUGCUAGUGGAGGAAGAAGAAGCUGCUCAGAGAAGGCAAGCAGACCUCAUGGAAAGGAAAAGGCAGAAGAAGCUUAGGCAGAAAGAACAAAAGGCAAAGGAUCAAAGACAUGGGGUUAAAGUCGAUGUUAAAGAGAACAUUGACAAAACACUGGAGGCUGAGCCACUGGUAGAAACAUCUAGUCCUUCAGCAACAUUUGAUUCUGACACGACCAGUUCAGAUGUGCAGGCUCAUGAUAGCUUAUCUCUUGAAGCAUUCCAACUUUCAACUGCUGAUGAAAAUGUGGAUCCCGAAUCUCAGACUGAAUUUAUCCAUGGACAUUCUGAUUCGGUGAGUGGUCCAAAUGUUGAACGGCGAAUGGUGCAAGGAAGUGGUUGUCGGCGUGCAGUUGUUGCCCGAUGGCAGGUGUUGUCAAAAUCACAGCGGGGUGUGCCUCAUGGAUUUCAUGGAGGUCUGAGCUCUCAAACAUCAAAGCUUUCAUCCAUACAAAAUCAUGGUAACCACAGGGAUUCAAGGGCUGCUUCUAGUGGCAAUAAAGUAUGGAGUCGAAAGCCUAAACCAGAAUAUGAUGGGGGAUGUUUGAAAGCUGGAGUACAGAAGGAAGCAACUGAAUCAGAUCAAAUUAAGAACCAAGAGGUUUUGAUUGGUUCCAUAUCGGUCAAUCUUGGAAAUUGUUCCCAAGAAAGUGAUAAUCUGGCCGGAGUUGAUGAUGAUUGCCUUUUGGAGCAUCAAAUUCCAAAGAACAAUGCUCAUGAUAAAACCAAUAAACCUGAUUUGGUACAUAGUGGCACAAAUCGGUCAACAGUGAAGCUCUGGAGGCCUGUGAGCCGGCAUGGAACAAAGGGUCCUAUGGCAAUUCAGAAUGGCAACAGAGCAUCUGAAAUUGACGUGGUAGCUGAAAAGGGCAACAGUCAAAACCCUUCCAGUGAAAAUUGUCCAAGAUCGUGUGUCAUGGAUGGCGGUAAUGAUGGAAAUGGGAAUGGCUCUACUCGCCUGGAUGAAACUGGAAGCUUGAGGUUCUCUAGCCGUGCGGCAAAAGAUUUUCUUGCACAGAGGUGGAAGGAAGCUAUUGCGGCAGACCAUGUAGAAUUGGUUCUAUUACAAGACUCUGAGCCUCCCAGGUGCCCAGACAAUCAAAAUGACGGUGAAGUAGAAUCUAGUCAUUCAUUGAAGUUUAAACGCAGCAUUCUUGGCAAUGCAGAAAACCGGCUUGUAAAUGUAGAGGGACUUGAGUUUCCAACUGCUGGAGCUGCUGAAGUCAAGCACAGGACGAAGCCUGAAAAGGGUUUGAAGAUAAAAUACAUUCCCAAACAGAGCACAGUUACCUAG